AUGAAUGAGAAUAAGAGCAGCACUCGUAUUAUAAAUAAGCCGGUUGAUCUGUCUCUGGAAGAUGCGUGCACACAUGAUCUGGGCUUUCUUGAAAGAUCAAAAAGCGCAUACGAAGCGAUGAAGACACUCAAAAAGGACAUUGAAACGCACGAAAGAAAAAAGAAGAAUCUGGAACUGCAAAUUGAAAGACUCAGGAUUUCAUUUGUGGAGUAUGUGCAGUCGAUAGAAACCAUUGAAAAGUCGGAAAUAUACACGAGAGCUCUGCCCUCCAGAAAGCUCAACCACAGCCGAAUACUCAAAUACAGCCACCUCUUCAUGCCUCCCUCCAUUUCUCCUGCCUCUUCGAUCGACGCGUCCCUUGUCUCUACGAUAAAAAAAGCGUGCUUGGAGUACAAGCAGGCCAGGGCACAGUACGAGUCGCUGCAGGCCCUCCAGAAGCCAGCCAGCUUUGCGACUGAGCAGAUAGAGCUCGAGUGGAAGUUCCAGAUAUACGAGAAAAAAGUGAACUUUGCCCAGUCAAAAAUGAGUUUCUCGAUAGAAACCAACAAACUCACUCUGUGCCUACUGAAGGCUAUUUCCACAGAAGUUGAAGAGAUGCAGAAAACGUCAAUAGACCACGCCGCGCUUUGUCUAAGCAUGCAGAAGAUAAAGGACUUCCAGUACAGCUCGUCUGAGAAUGCAAUAUCUCCUCUCAUCGCGGAGGAGCUGCAGACACUGACACACUCAGCGGUUGAUGAGCUGGAAAGACAGAAAAGAAAAAUAACAAAUGAGUACAGGCCUGUGAAUGAAGAGAAAACGCAGUUUGUGGAUGAGAACAGGAUCAAAAGAAAGCUGAUUCCAAAUAAGGUAGGGUUUUUGCUCUCUAAUUUUGACCAGUCUCCCAUCUUUACUUUUUUUGCCAACUUCAGAAAUAACGGAAAAGUGUUUAGGGGAAUGUUCUACUUUUUCAAGAACGUUCUUGUCGUCAAAGAAAUGGUUUUUGGGUGGACAUACUCCAUACUGCGAAAUGAAGUAAAUUUUUUCAAGCCCUCUGCUCUGUCGGUCAGCAUAGAAACUGUUUGGUUCAAUAUGGAGAUAUUUUGUGAGCCGUCUGAUACAAGCCUCUUCUGCAGCUGGUACAGCAAAUCCUUUUAUGACCACAGGAAGAUCACUCUUAUAGGAACGAUAGAUAAGCCACUGAACAAUGCGUUUUUAGCUGUAUUCGAGAACAACCCGCCAUCACUCAUAGAGACAUUCAAGAAAAAAGGAUACACGCUCCUGGACAGCCAGCUGAAAGAGAACAGGGUGAGAAAAAGAGUCUUCCUUAAGAGGGUAGAGCAAAGGCUAUUUUUUAUUAACAUUCUGUACACUGAAACAUACACAAUAGAUGAAAAUACUAAUGAAAAUACCUCGAUUGUUCUGUACUCUGAUGUGAGUGUGUUCAGAUUUCUUCCGAAUCUGGUCUCUAUUUCCAAGCUGUAUCUGAAGAGUGAGAACAAUAUGACAGCGGUCUAUUACUGUUUUGAAAAGAGCUUGAACUCCUUCAUUCUCUGGCCAGUAUCCAGGCUGAUUACGCGCCGCAUAAUCACUUCACUGCAUCUCGUGGGAGUAGAUGAAGAGGACAUUGUGAAGUACAAUUUGCCUUCUGGUCUUCUGGACAUGUUUUCCAUUAACCUGCUAAUAGGAGGAAUAGCUGUAAUAGCUGGAUCGAGUGUCUUUAUUAAGCUGCUCAAGCUAGUUCUUAACUACUACUAA